AUGGAGUGGAGAAGUUGUAUUAUUGUUCCAUGGUUGUUUAUGAUCUUGUUCUGCACUUCAUGUUGGGCUGAAGAUCCUAAUUUUGCUCCUUCUCCUGCUCCUUCUCAGCAUGAUAAAUCAUCUCCUCAUCUUAUAGCUCCUUUGGCACUUCUUGUGUUGGCAAUCCUAUUGUUUAUUGUCUUCAUACACAUGUACAAUAAGAAGCAGGUAGAAAAGAAAAAGUAUUUGAAGGAAUCUGAACUCCCAACUUAUUUCAGUCCUGGAUUCAAGAAGGGUAAUCCAGGAGACUGGAACAAAGCUUCUGAAUCAAUGGAACCCAAAGCUUCUGAAUCAAUGGAACCCAAUUCCUUGAGUAUGAAUUCAGAGGAGAAAUUCUCUAGUGACAUCCAUUCAACUGAGUUUAUUAAGCCACCCAAGCUUAAGUUCAUUGAGAAGGUUCAUCCCAGUCCAUUUGUAGUGGAAGAACUCCUAAGGGCCUCUGCAGAACUUCUGGGAGAAGGACUCUCUGGGAAUGUUUAUAGAGUGGUGAUGGAUAAUGGUGCUGCUUUGGUUGUCAAGAGACUCAAGGAUUUGCUAGUCAAAGGGAAGGAAUUUGAGAAGAGGAUGGCUUUCAUGGGGAAUCUAAAGCACCCAAAUGUGCUUCCUAUAUUUGCCUAUUGUUCUUCCCCUGAUGAGAACCUCGUUAUCUAUGAAUAUCAGAAGAAAGGGAGUCUUGCUUCUCUGCUAGACGCAUUUUUCAAGGGACAGACAGAAUUAAAGUGGAACACCAGGCUCUCAAUCAUUAAAGGAGUUGCAAAAGGCUUAGCUUUCAUGCACCAAGAGUUCGAAUCCCAUGGUAGUAUUCCCCAUGGCAGCCUCAAGCCUUCCAAUGUCAUUCUGGCUGAAAACCUAGAACCAUACAUUGCAGACUAUGGUUUCAAUUCCCUGGUAGAAGCAGGCACAGCUCCCACACCCUUCCCUUCAAAUGGCUACAAAGCCCCAGAAAGAAGAAUCACCCAAAAAUCAGAUGUGUACAGCUUUGGAUUGAUGCUCCUUGAAUUACUCACAGGCAAAAAGGCUGAUAAUGCAGGGUUUAAUCUUCCCAGAUGGGUUCAGUCCACUGUAAGAGAAGAGUGGACUGUGGAGGUCUUUGACAAAGAGGUGGUGAGAAAUGCAGGGGAGAAUAGGAUUGUUCAACUUCUGCAGCUAGGCCUAAAUUGUGUGAGCAGGACACCUGAGAUUAGGCCUACCAUGAACUAUGCUUCUGAUGUGAUUAAUAAGCUUUGGGAACAUGAAGACAAUAGUUCUUUUGAGUCUUCUAGGUCUUCAUUAGGCCACUCCAUCACUGAAUUGCCAGGAGGAGGGAUUUCUAUGGCCACACCAAGUCCAAUCAGGAAUCAAGCGGUUAAAAUAUAA